CACCCAAGGACAAAUACCACCGAAAUGACCACCCCACGAUCUCUUCUCCACCUCCACUUCCAAAACCCCGUCCCAUACCUCACAGCUGCCUCACUCCAAGAAUCCCUCGUAACACGCUUCCUACGCUCGAAACCGCCUUCUACUCUCACUGCUCCACCUCCACACAUCCUCACUGCUGAAUUCAACCCUGUCUAUACCUGUGGUCGGCGAGAGAUCGGCACCGUCUCCGCAAAACAGCAAGAAUUUCUUAAAGCCAGCGGCCGCGCCGACUUCGUAGAAGCUCUCCGAGGCGGGCAAACCACAUUUCACGGCCCAGGGCAGCUCGUCGCAUACCCGAUAAUCGACCUGAAGGCGCACCGAUUAACACCACGGGAUUAUGUGUGUGUACUGGAGAAAUCGCUAAUUGCGACGUGUGCGCGGUAUGGAAUCAAGGCGAUGACCACGGAGCAUACGGGGGUUUGGACAACGCCGGACGAUAAGAUUGCAGCAGUUGGGGUGCAUAUGAGGCGGAAUAUCACGAGUCAUGGUGUUGGAUUGAAUGUAGGGACGGAUCUCUGGUGGUUUGAUAGGAUUGUGGCAUGUGGACUGGAGGGGAAGAGAACUACGAGCUUCGAGAGAGAAGGAGUAGUGGGCAAUGGGGUGAGGGAGGUUGGGGAGGUAUUUGUGGAGGAGGUAGCGAAGAGAUUGGGGGUUGAGGAAGUGACACGGAGGGAUGCGAGCGAGUAUAUGUCAGAAGGAAAAGUUGAAGGGAUGGUAUAGCUGGGUGCUAGCCAUAAGCUUACACUGAGUUGGCACACUCAGUAGUGGACCUACUUCACCAUCUCUUGGCUCUGCGCAACUGCAUGCCGUCCUUGAAACCUCACGGGGGCUUGCAAUGUGGACUAAUCGUGUUCAGCUUCGACCUACUGAUGCCAGAGACGGGGUAACCAAGUGCACAAAUACGUUUUGCUUACGACAAACACGUACAAACAACACGCAGUUUUUAGAAGCAUGGAAGUGGAGGCUUUCGAGACU